AUGUCGGGAAGAUUCAUAAGCAACAACUUGAAUCCAUCCGGUCCACCCAGACAAAAUUUGAUAGGCAUCUUUGGCCUUCCCGGAUCUGGAAAGACCCAUCUUCUGAAUCAGCUCCGAAGGGAACUUGAGGGGGGCCCUUUUUCGUUCUAUGAGUACGAAGAGGUCAAAAAAGCCUGCCCUGCUUAUUGGUCUGCCUAUGAUAGCGCCUUUGAAUCCAUCAGACAUGAGUGUGAUGAUGCUGGGGUCACAGGGAUCGCCACAGCUAAUUACAUGCAACCGGAUGAUUUUGGCGACCAUCCAUGCACGACACUUCUGGAUGAUGGUACCCUCAAAAGGCCAUUCACGCAUAUCAUGUAUGUGAACACCCCUGUCGAGGUAGCCCAUCAACGUUGUAUGGAGGACGCUGAAAAGAAUCCUACCUGGUAUUCUCUUGAAUACUUUCGCAAAUGGGCCGAUGAAGAAUUCCUUGGGCUGAAAGACACGUGUUUCGACCGGCAGAUCAUCUUCACCAUGGUGGAUCCUGAUGACCUUCCGAGGAUUAUCACCCUCAUUCACACCUUUCAGCUUGACCGAGAUGAAGAACACAAUCAAGGCAUUGUGGAUCAGUGUAUUGACGAAGUUGUAGCUCCCUGGCAAGGGCAGGUGGAGAAGGUCCUAGUCAUGGACUGCGAUGGAGUCUUCGCACCCAGAUAUGCAGAGCAAACCUUCUGGGAAAUGUUCUAUUUUGGAGAGAGUAAUGACAAGAGACCCCGUGACUUGCCGAUGAGACACCCGAGGUGUGAAUGUAUUGACGACUACUCGGACUGCCGUCAAUUAAGCUUAGCUUACGAGCAAGCUGUGGCCGACGGCCGAUUUGACGAGGCCUGCGGAAAGGCUGCGUCUGUAGUUGCUCUCUAUCCCGAAAUAAGAAACUUUCUGCAUCGUGCCUUGAAGUGUCCGCGCCUUCGCAUCUUCCUGGUGACUUCCAGACUCCGCUUGCUGUGGGAAAGGGUUCUGGCGCAAGAGGGUCUCUCGCAAUCUGUCAAGAUAAUUGGCUCGGGCCCACUAUCCAACGGUUAUAUCGUUCCCCCUAAGACUAAAGAGAAACUGAUCGAACGCCUCAGGACAGUCCAUAACUUGCAGGUAUGGGCGCUUGGAGGCCACGGUUCAGAUGAGCAGAUGCUUCAUCGAGCACAUUAUUCGAUCAUGCUUCGCCGCCCAGAUAAUCCCUGCUAUAAUAAAAUUUGGUUAUCGGACAUGGCUUUGAGAUUGAAGGAUUUGAAGGAUUGCAAAGAUUCAACCACCUUCCAUCUGGAGGAACUCGAGGAGCCGGCCUUUUUGGAUCAACUCAUGCAACAUCAAUUUACACUUGCCCAUGCGACCCACAAGGGUGUAGCAAAGUUGCUGCAUACCAGGAUGCUGAAAUCGAUAUACUUCCCCGAUCAGCGUUUGGAGGAAAAGGUCUAUCAUGAGGCUGGAUGGUAUCUUGCCAGUGAAUACAUAAGCGAGCUAGGAGGCGUUGAAGAGGCUGCUAUUGAUGUCUCCGAGGAGCCCAAAGCCACUGGCUAUCAACUUGUCCGUGAAAGCGGCAUGCUCACUAUUCCCCUAAAGGGAGGUAGUCACCACAUGGCUGCUGGAAUUCGGGAUGUCUAUCAGAAAGCUUGCACCCUGCAGACAGAUAAACCAGAAGACAUCGAUGAUGACCAUCUACGGGAAAUGGACACUGUUGUGCUUGUGGAAGCUGUCGCGGAUAGUGCUGAAGCUAUCACCCGUUAUGUCAACCACAUCCACAGAGUGAAACCAUGCCUUCCUAUUCUUGUUGUAGCCGGAGUCCUUCAAGCUGAGCUAGUUGCACCGGGUGGACCGCUGCCGUCUCUCAUUCGAGGCGGCCCCAUCACGGUGGUCGCUCUUAGUCUAGCCAAAGGCAGAGAAAUGACUACUGAAAGUCAUGUUUAUGAGACUGGACGCAUUUUCUGA